GCAGUUAAGCAUUAAAAACUUUACGAGAAUCACAUGACUAAAAUCGAUAAAAAUGAUAACAAACAAAAACACUAAUAGUAAUGUUAUCGGGGAAUUAUGACAACAGCGUCGAUGAUCAUAAUACUGAUAACAAGGAAUGUAUAUAAGAACUUAAAACGGUACAUAUUAAAAGGACCAACAUUGAUAUAGCUAACCGGUAAUAAGAUAAAUCACUGUGGUUUUAUUUAACAGUCUUUAUUUUUUUUAGAAGCAGGAGCAAAAUUGAAUCAUUCAAAGAAUUCUCAGGUUGAAAAGCAGAAAGGAGAAAAAAAUAUUUAUAUAUAUCCUCCCUUAUACGAAUCUCCAUUCAGCUAACAAAAAAAUAAGAUAUAAAAUCACCCUCCUUUUAUCGAGAACAGCAAGAAAAACAUAGUCCCUCCCAAAAAAUCAAUGGGAGACAAAGACAAACAAACGCAAACGAAAUUGCCAAUCAGCCAAUCUCGCGUGUGGUAGCUGAGUGGUAUCAGAUAAUAACCUGUCUAAUAUGACAAGGGUCUGAAGACUGCUCAUGGUACCAAAAUCCUUUUUUUUUUUUUUUUUUUUUUUUUUUUUUAGCUUUUUGACUACAUUGAGACAUUGACGAGGAUAGGAUACCUUUUAGAGAUAAAUAUUGGUGUGGUUGAUGAUAAAACUGAUUUCGGCUCGGUGAUUCUACUCUCGAUAGGCCUAGGGAUAGAAUGGUUUUUUUUUAUCUUUUUUUUUUUUUUUUCAUCUUUUGGCUCGUCUGUUGGAAAAGGGUUGUUUACGUUGCAAAAUUAACCCUACCGGACAUCACCAAUUACUUGUUUCGUCUAAAUUCCAACCAUAUUUUCAGUCUUCAACUACGCAGACGCCUCCGACCCUUGCUACAGACAACCCCUAAUUUCAUUGAUCAACUUUAAAGGCGAAACAAAAAAAAGAAAAAGAGAUGUCGAAAUCGAUUUUUUUUUUUUUACCUCGAAGACUCUUUACCUUAACAAAACCUCUACCUGUCCCGUCCUUGAUCAUUAUAACGGGGUUUGGAUAUCUCUGAUUCAACUUGGCCGACCCCCAACCUUCAUGAAAGCCGUAAGGACCCCCGCGUUCAAAUUACAUCGGCGAAAAGGGACGAUUCCCACAUAGGCAAACCCCCUAGGGCACCGUACACACAGAGAAUCGUCCGUUCCGAGGUACUUACCCACUAUUUCCAUGGUGGUCUUAUCGGGGUUUCAGGUGGUGUGUCGCGACUGACUCAGAGCUGGUUUAAGCGAUGACUCACUCGCGAAGAUUCCGACUCCCUCGUCUCAAAAGUUCUCAUUCGCACACUUUCCCCCGCGGUAUAUAAGAGUUCUUAGACACCCCACGACGAGAUCAAGACCACGUUUAUUUCAUCGGCGCGGAGGGAGACGCCAUGCCUCGUGUCACAUGGUCAUGACACCCUAAAGAUACCGUAGCUUCACAUGCAGAACCACCGAUUCAUACUAUGUGACUAAUGUUGUUCUGGCAAUGUUGAUGGCUGUAAAAAUUCGUUUAUAUUCUACGGAUCCGUAAGCUGCUCCAUUGUAUUAGGGGACCGGGUCUCCUUAGCCGGUUAUGGGAGUUUUCGGUCGUUUGAAAAGGGAGGUUAAUGUGGCGGUAUAAAAAUAGCAGGCGCGAAAUUAAGAGGCUCGUGAAGGUGUGAUGUGAAGACCAGAGAGAGAGAGACGAGUUCUCAGCAUCCGUUUGUCUUUGGACGAUCUAUUGUUUUCUAUGGCUUAUGCAUUGCCUCCGCUCUUCCCGAUAAAUGCCUACGUCCUCAGAUAACCUAGCAUGGCUGGGAUGAUAGAAAGAAUAUUCCCAAUUAAUUGCAGUCUUAAGAUAUUAGAAGACUAUGUUGGAUAUAAGCUGUCAUCAGUUCCUUCAUUAUGUAUUAUUGGUCCAGCAAAGUCACUGAAAACCGCUCUCUUAAUGCAAGCAGCAGUGACAGAGGGUGAAGCAGGGGGACAAGUACUGUUCAUGGCUCCACAGAAACUUGCACGUCUCCCUCCUCCUGUCCAUGGCAUGCCCCCUCCCUCAUCAUCUGCUAUGAACAACAUAAGGUUCCUAUAUGCUGAUUGCACAACAGAACUGUACAGGUAUCUGGCAUCCUUGCAUAUGGUUCCAGAGAAGGACAGGCCAAGUCUUAUUAUCAUUGAUGAUCUUCAUACCUACAGCACACUUCCAGAAUGUGGAGACGUUGCAACUCAGAUGGUCAAUGCUGCAAGGAUACUUUCCCUUGCACAAGAAUCUGCAAGGUAUUGCAGCAGUAAUGUUGCAGGUGAUGAUCAUGGUACAGGAAACAAUACUGCAAAGCAAUGUAGUGUUUUAGCAGCCUGGACACAGUGGUCGUCUGACCCUCUAAAACACGCUGAGUUAGAAGGCUUUGCUAGGACCUUCUGCCAUCAUGUCUGGACCCUUCAUGAGAAUAAAAAGGGUAGCACUAAAAAUAUAGUAGAAUACAAUAUGGUUCAAGAUUUCACAGGAGCAACGUUUACUUUAAACUUUUCUGGUCACCAUAUUGGUCAAAGAUCCAACUACAUCCUCUUUCAUGAACUUACGCUUGAGGAGGAGGAAGAGGAGAAGGAAAGUAAAGAAGGAAGAGGAGGUAGAAGAGGAGAAGGCAAUAAAAAAGGAAGAGGAGGAAGAAGAGAAGGCAAUAAGAAAGGAAGGGAGGAAGGCAAUAAAGAAGGAAGAGGAGGAGGAGGAGAAGAAGGAAAAGAGGAAGAAGAAGAAGAAGAAGAUAGAGGAGGAAGGAAAAGCUAGCAAAGGAGAAUCGUCAAAAUGCACUGAAAGGGAAAAGCGACACCAAUCUACAUAAUGAAAUAGUAUGUAAUUCCUGAAAACUUUAUUAUUUGACAGAUAUUAUAAUCAGAGUGUUUGACGAAGGGAAAUACAUAUUAUAUAUUUUUAUAUAUCAAUACAUAUAGGGGCUACUUUUUUAGAAUAUUAUGGCAAAUGCAAAUGAACUUGUCCUUGAACCAAGAUCAAGAAAUUAGGCCUUUCAUACAAUGUGCAAUUUAUCUUAAUCCCUGAACUCUCUAUACUAAAGCUGUAUUCAUAUGUUGUUCCUUACCACAACAAAGGUUAUAUCUCACAGUUCUUGGAUUAAUUAUUCACAUCCUCAUUAGUUUUAACUUUGUAUGUUAUGAACGUACAUCUCAGGUUCUCGUUAAUUCCUUCUGUUUUUAUUUCGGCUUCAUAGUUUAUAUAUUAUGAAUUAUUUUUUUUUUACAGCAUUGGAGAAUAUAUUUAUAUGAAAAUGUUAUAUGAAUUUUAUUGCCCUAUGUAAAUGUAUU